AUGCGCAGCCCGGCCAAAAAGCGCAAGCUCAACAGCGUCGAUUCCAAGCCGCCGACGCGAAAAUUGGAUUACUUCUUUGCGAAACAAACGCAGCCUGCUCCCGCAGCUACAAAGAACGAACAGGUUCUAAGCGAUGAAGAGCUUGCGCGAAAACUACAAGCGGAAUGGAGCCGUAAGGAUGCAACUGGGUCCACAAACAAGGUCACUACAUCAGUGACGCCUCAGCUGGCCCUGGCAGAGAAUGGACCAUAUAUUAACGGCGGCGAAGCAAAUGUAAACCCGGGUAUCGUGUCGACGAAAGACGACGGCGGCACUUCAGGUCCUCGGUCUGCGCCAGCCGCUGCCGCCGCCGCCCCUGUCCCUACGCGCAAUAUACUGUCAUUGCAGUCUGUCGCGACAGUUGAAGACUCGGUCGCAUCGUCGCUUCCGCUGGAUGAGAGCCCCUUGACAUUCCAGCCUUCCCAGUAUACCGAUCAACUGAAGGCCCAGUGGUCGACUGACGGAGGCAACGCGUCAUAUGCCCUAUUGACGCGCUGCUUCGUUCUCGUCAGCGGGACCAACAGCCGUAUCAAGAUUGUUGACACGCUGGUCAACUGCAUCCGGAUUCUUAUAGAGACAGACCCUACUAGCCUCCUCCCAGCGGUCUGGCUCGCCACCAACGCCAUCUCGCCACCGUACAUCUCCUUGGAGCUAGGCUUGGGCGGCUCUGCCAUCUCCAAGGCCCUGAAGCAGGUCUGCGGCCUAGAUAAUCGCAGCCUCAAGGCCAUUUACGACAAGCACGGCGACCCGGGCGAUGUUGCAUUCGAAGCCAAGAAGAAGCAGAGCUUUAUGUUGAGGAGGCCAAAACCGCUCACCAUCAAGGGCGUCUUCCAGUCGUUGGUUAAAAUUGCCAAGAGCCAAGGUCAAGGCAGCGUGCAGGCGAAGCAGCAGAUCGUUGACAGACUACUCCAGGAUGCUAGGGGCGGGGAGGAGAGCAGGUUCAUUGUCCGCACCCUAUGUCAGCAUCUUCGAAUUGGGGCGGUGAAAACCACGAUGCUUAUUGCGUUGUCUCGCGCAUUCGUCCUAUCGAAGCCAGAUGGAGCAGACUUUGCUACCAGACACCCGGCACAGUUAAAUCAGCUCAAGAAGGAUGAGCUUGCCGAGAUCUGGGCAAGGGGCGAGGAAAUAGUCAAGGCCUGCUUUGCCAGACGUCCCAAUUAUGACGACCUUGUUCCCACGCUUCUCGAGCUCGGUAUUACCGAAGAGCUCCUGCUUCGAUGUGGGCUGACGCUGCACAUUCCUCUUCGCCCAAUGCUUGGUAGCAUCACAAGAGAUCUGGCCGAGAUGCUUACCAAGCUCCAGGGGAGGGACUUUGCUUGCGAGUUCAAGUAUGAUGGCCAGAGAGCCCAAGUCCACUGCGAUGAGAAAGGAACGGUAUCUAUCUUCUCGAGACACCUGGAGCUGAUGACUGACAAAUACCCCGAUCUUGUCGCUCUGAUUCCCAAGAUUCGGGGUCAAGGAGUCGAAAGCUUCGUUCUGGAAGGCGAGGUCGUUGCUGUUGACCGCCAGACAGGGGAGCUCAAGAACUUCCAGACCUUGACCAACCGUGCAAGGAAGGACGUGGAAAUUGGCAGCAUCACGGUAGACGUCUGUCUCUUUGCUUUUGACCUAAUGUUCCUCAAUGGCCAACCACUACUCGAUAAGCCGUUCCGCCAACGACGCGAGCUCCUCAAAUCUCUUUUUGUUCAUGUACCCCAUCAUUUCACAUGGGUGAAGAGUCUGGAUGCCACGUCCCAAGACUCGGAAACCGUCCUCGAGUUCUUCAAGGCGGCGACGGAUGCGAAAUGCGAGGGUCUGAUGGUCAAGAUCCUGGACAACCUUCCAGAUCUGGCGUACCAAGGGGACAUGGCCACCGAGGGAGUACCAGAGCCAGAUAAGGCGACAGUGAAGCCUUCGUCCAAAGGCAAGGGGAAAGGCAAAGAAAAGGCAAAGAGUGGCGAACCCGAAAAGAAAAAGUCGCGAAGGAAGCCCCUUCUUGCAACCUAUGAGCCCGACAAGCGACUCGAUUCAUGGCUCAAGGUCAAAAAGGACUACAAUAUCAACUUCGACACGCUCGACCUCAUACCCGUCGCCGCCUGGCACGGGCAGGGGAGGAAGGCGAAAUGGUGGUCACCGAUCCUCAUGGCCGUACGCAACGACGACACGGGGUCGCUAGAGGCCGUGACGAAGUGCAUGUCAGGCUUCACCGAUGCCUUCUACAAGGCCAACAAGCUCUUUUACAACGACGGGGCAGACGGGUCGGAGAGGCAGAACACGCGCGCCCAAAAGCCAGCAUUCAUCGAAUACUCGGGCCCGGAGCCGGAUGUGUGGUUCGAGCCCCAGGAGGUCUGGGAAAUGGCGUUUGCGGACAUCACCCUCAGCCCGACCUACACUGCGGCUAUUGGGCUUGUGAGUGACGAGCGUGGUCUCAGCUUACGGUUCCCUCGCUUCCUCAAGAAGCGGGAGGACAAGGGCGUGGAUGAGGCAAGCACUGGCGAAUUUCUGGCAGGUCUGUUCAGGAAACAAGAAGCCAAAGCCCCUGCCAAACCUGUUCACGAAGCGGGAGAUGACGAGAUGGAUGAAGCCAUUGAUGAUUAAAGCACACGGUUGGAAGGUGGCUGGGCUCAGCCCGAACCACUGUCACAGCCCUCGACUCUCCACCCAACCACGCGACGAAUGCAUGGCAUUCAUGGCAAAUUUCGUUCACACCUGCGCACAUCUCAGAUUCCUACUCCUUCCAUGCGCGGUACACGAUCCUCGCCCCGUACUUCUCGCCCUUCUUCAGGACCAUCAUGGACUUCCACUCGUCGACGUUGACGGCGUUGACGUAGCGGCUGGGUUCGACGCAGAAGGCGCUGCGGGCCUUGCGGGCGGGCAGGCUGGCGACCUGAGGCACAUCGAUGUACUUGCCCGUGUAGAACUGGAAGGCGGGCUCGGUGCUGAGGACCUCGAGGUGGAUGCCCGAGUCCGGGUGGCUGGUGUGCACGUGGCGGACCAGGGGCUGGGACCGGGUGUCGACAGGCACUGACGAGGGCUUCUCGUUGGCGAUGAAGCAGUCGUCGAUGUCGGGCUCUUCAGGGCCAAGGGUAAAGGGUUUCUUGCCCUCGAACUUGGAGAAGGGCUUGAUGCCGCCCGUGGGGAUGCCGCCGUCGUCGACGGGAAGGUACGAGUUUGUGGCAAUCUCCACGACAGUGCCGGCGAUGGACUCGCCUCCGGUCAGGUUGAAGUAGCUGCGGUGAUGGCGUCAGUUAUGACUGUUCGCUGUUUCACUGGGUCGAGAUGGCAAAGAACUUACGAGUGGUUGGUCAUGUUAAUCGGGGUCUCGUCCGCACCACUGAUCAGCUCAGCCUCGUACUCGAUGCCGAGAACAGUGACGUCCUUGCCAUCGACGACUUGCUUUCCGGCCGUGUAGACGGUCGUGGCCUUGACGGUGCCGGGGAAGCCCUCGUCGCCAUCCUCGCUAAGCAGGGUGAAUUCGACGGCCUCGCCGCCCUCGAGCCCGUCCACCCCGGGGAUGGAGCGCACUCCGAUGGGCUUGGGGCCGUCCCAGACGCGCUUACCCCAGCCGACGACGCCGCCGUGCAGGUUGUUGGGCCCGUUAUUGGCGGUCAGAGUGUACGACUUGCCCCCGUUGAGCGAGUCGAGCUUGGCGUCCUUGAUGCGGUUCGCCACGCGCCCAAUGGUCUCGCCGAAGUAGGGGGCGUUGUGCUCGCGGUACAGGUCCUCGGUCGGGAAGCCCUGGACGAUGUUGAUGCCGCCGACCUUGAGGGACUGGAUGAUGGCCCCGAGGGGCAGGAGCUCGACUGCUGAGUCGGCCAUUUUUACGGGCUUUUUUUCUUGUUAUUAGUGGUAGUUGCGUCUCCUGAUCUAGAGGGAUUAUUCUGUCUGCGGUCCGAGCUAUAGACGCAUGUGGUGAUCUGGAUGACGUAGAUGGAGUAAUAAUUCGUCCAGUGUCUCGACCGGGAGACUUAUUUGAUAUGGGUCUCUUCCCCUCGCACCCCACGUGGAGGGCUCCCUUAUUAUAGUCUACAUGAUGGAUCGGCUGAGGUAAUUUGCACGACGGUGACCCGCUCG